GACACAGUGACUCAGUGUGGCGGGAGAGAAGGAACCAGGAGGUUCAGAAGACUCAAAGAUAGAGAGAGAGAGAGAAUGAAACAAAGAAAGUAAGAGAGAGAGAGAAAGACGGAGAGAGAGAAAGUGGCAGUCAGCAUGUGAUGCUUUCCUAACACAGUCAGUGAGGCAGAUUCGUUUAGCUUGACUUGGAUGACCAGCUUUUCCAGCUGCUGACCAGCUUUUUUGGAUUUACUGUCUCACCACAUGCCACGCACUAGCAUACACACACACACACACACACACACACACACACGUUCGCACCCGCAUACACGCCACCCGCCAGCUUGGAGUCUCUGAUCUGCAGACUGGAUCUCUUUUCAUCUCUAGAUGUGCCACCACAGCCGGGACACACCAGUCUACGUUUGGGGUGCGCAUGUGUAUGUGUGUGUGUGUGCGUGUGCGUGUGCGUGUGUGUUUUUUCAUGAAACAUGAAACUUGUCGGAUUACCCGUGGAAUGCUGAGCAACUCCUGUCAAGGAAAAACCGUGGAAUAUCGUGGAGCAGGUUCAAGAGUUUUGAAUUCUUUCCUUUCUUCGGUGAUGCUUUUGGCUUGUUAAGCCCUUUCAUUUGCCUGGAGUCUGGCAGUCCGAGAUCAAGAUGAGCUGCCUAUGACUGACGCUCUGACAAGCCCGUCCUCGUGAAAGAGUGUGUGUGUGUGUGUAAUAGAGUGAUAAGUGUGUAUCUGUGCGAUGCUGACAGCGAGCGGGUUACAUGUUGUAAUGCCUGCUGCCACUGCAUGUCCACGACAGUGGAGUUUUUGGGACGCGGUCGGGGUGGACUGCAGCGCCCCCGAGCCACGCUGCAUCUGGGUGGCCGUGUUCCGGGACGACACACUCAUCACACACACUCCCAAAACCGAGUCUGCACCGACCCGGCCCAGAUCAGCCUCGUAUGUGACCAGGACAAAGGGGCGAAGAGAUGGGAUCUCCUCGUCCGGUGAUAACCCCCGGCCGGUCCUGGGGGGCGGAGCUGAAGGCAGGGCUGUGUCCUGGCAGGGCCCACGGACGCUGGUGCUCCAUAAGAACUCUCAGGGCUUCGGCUUCACCUUGCGCCACUUCAUAGUGUACCCCCCUGAGUCCGCCUUGCACACUAGCCUUAAGGAUGAUGAAAAUGGAAACGGAAAAAGUCCACAGCGAAGUCGUCUGGAACCAAUGGACACCAUAUUUGUUAAAAACGUGAGGGACAACGGUCCUGCUCACCAGGCUGGCUUGUGCACAGGUGACAGAUUAGUAAAGGUGAAUGGUGAAAGUGUGUUGGGUAAGACAUACUCCCAGGUGAUAGCACUAAUUCAAAACAGUGAGAGCGUGUUGGAGCUUUCCAUAAUGCCAAAGGAUGAGGAUGUGCUGCAGCUGGCAUACUCACAUGAUGCCUACCUGAGAGGGAACGCACCCUAUACAGGAGGGGCCCAAAAUCUUCCCACUCCACCCCCCCUGUGCUACCCACCACGCUCCCAGCCUCAUUCAAGCCACACCUCCUGCCCUGCCCCUUCUCUGUCCCCCCACAUGGGACAGAAUCAGCUGGACAACUGGAGCCGCUGGCCCGGCUCAACCUCCAGCCCGUCCCCACCACUUGACAACCGGACAAGCGCACCUAGCACCACCAGUAUGGCCUGGGCAUCAGAGGGCCGUGAAGCAGCGGGUGUCAGCCAUAGCAGCCCUGCCCAUCGCACAGAGGAAAUCCGGUAUUGUAUGACUGAGACAGGACAUUCAUUCACUUCCUCGCCUUCCACAAGUCCGCCGCAGCACACUCACCAUGGAAACAACAGCAAGGACAACUUGUCAUGGAGCCCUCCAAAACCUGCACCGGCGUCAAGUUCAAGUCGCAGCAAAUGCACCCAACAAGCCCUCAGUAACUGGUACUACAACCAGGUAUCAGAAAGGGAACGCGAACGUACAACUGUCCGUUCUUUACAACAACGACAACGCAGUUUCUCUCAGGACCGACUGGGAGAGCUAAGCCGAAACAGACGAGCACAAAGGACUGGUUUUCCCCAGAGUGCGUCUCAGGAUACGUUGCUGCAACCUGGACAGCAUCCUCAUUGGACGCAGGUCAUGCCUUCUGCGUGCCAGAACCGAUCGCGCUCAGAGAACCUUCUCCGCAGUCGCUACGGGCACUCUGGACGCUCAUUAGAGGCUUUAGACCAGGUACUUUCCCCGCUUUCGCCACACCAUGAAAGACAAACCUGGCAGCAACAUCCCCAGAGGCAGGGAGGAGGCCAUUUUAGCACGGCACAGACACCUGGUGCUCGGCAUGUGCAAGUUCAUCGCCAACAUCAAGCCCAAUCUUCAGAACAGCACCGAAGUCAACAACUCCCUCCCCAACAGCACCAACACCCCCCAAAGCAUCAUAAUCAAACUCAUUUGUCAUCUCAUCCACCGCAGAGUCGCCGUUUAACCUCGUGCCAGAGUGUGGACCAGGAACAGAUAGGAUACCGCAGUUACAGUCCAUCCUUUAACCGCAAGAGUGGACGAAUUCUGCAGCAUGCCCAAUCAUUCCGGGACCCAUCUUACACAGGCCCGCGCCUCAGCUGGACCAGCCUUCCAGAGGGCAUGGCUCCAUCACCUGCUCCAUCAACGGCGCCUGCUUGUUCAGUGUCUGGUGAAGUACAGGAUGGAACUCAUCGUCCAACCAACCAUGAAAGAGAGGGUGGAGAGACAGAGGUUCAAGCACAGGUUCAAGAGGUAGUGCUAAGACAAAAGCCGCCCAUGGGCCGAAGAGCUGGCCAUGUCCAUCGACUCCCACUGGCACUGGACGGCAGUGACCCUCUACUGUUCAGCUCCGACCCUGAGGAAGGCUUGCUCAAGUCAGAAGGUUCUUCCUCCCAACGACAUACGAACGGUAAUCUAGCACCGAUCUCUGUGGAGGAUGACUCGCUGGCCUCUAUCCCCUUCAUUGAUGAGCCAACCAGCCCGAGCGCAGAUCUGCGGGCGUGUCACGUCCCCGCCUCGUCCGUUGUGUCCAGUGGUGGCCUUAGGUCCGCCCCCGCUGUGGGGACCAGCCCCGCCUCCCCAACCUUCACCUUCCCCCUCAGCCGCCUGUCCUCCCAUGACUGCAGCAGCAUCAAAUCCAGUCGCCGCUCUUCCUAUCUGCUGGCCAUCACCACCGAACGCUCCAAGUCAUGUGACGAUGGACUGCACACUCUCAGAGAUGACGGACGGGUCUUCUCGAGGUUGCCAAAGAGAGUUAAAAGCUUCUUCGAUGAUGGGUCUUUGGAGAGCUUGACGGUCGCCGAUGAGGCUCGCUCUAAGCGCCACUCUGCCUCGGAGCUGGGCAGCAUCAGCUACGGCGACGUGAGGAAAGAAGGAUGGCUGCACUACAAACAGAUCCAUACUGAAAGGGGCAAGAAGGUGGGCAGCGCCAUUCGUCCCUGGAGACGGGUCUUCUCAGUGCUGCGCAUCAGUGGGCUCUACCUCUACAAAGACAAGCGGGAGGCGCUGCUGAAGGGCGCCGCCUUGGUAGACGGGUCUGAAGACGAGCAGCCAAUCAGCAUCCGCGGCUGCCUGGUGGACAUCGCGUACUGCGAGACCAAGCGCAAGAACGCGCUGCGAUUGACCACGCAGGACUUCUGCGAGUACCUGCUGCAGGCUGAGGACCGAGACGACAUGCUGCAGUGGAUCAAAGUGAUCCAGGAAUGCAGCAAGAUCGACAGCGAGGAGUUGGGUUUCUCUCGACAAGCUCUCAUCAACAAGAAGCUAAAUGACUACAGAAAGCAGAGUCCAACAGGUACCAAACCUGACUCGUCUCCUCGAGCGCCACGCAUGACCUUCCUGCUCACCAAGGCCGACAACAGCGGCGCGCCCCCACGCUCCCCCAAACAUGAAGCCAAAGAGGAGAGCAGUCCUCCCAAGUCCCCCUGGGGCAUCAACUUCAUGAAGAAAGCGAAGAAGGCAGACCCCAAAGCGUUCGGAGUCAGGCUGGAGGAUUGUCAACCUGCCUCCAAUAACAAGUUUGUUCCCCUGAUUGUGGAGAUCUGCUGUGGCUUGGUGGAGGAGAUGGGUCUGGAGUACACUGGAAUCUACAGAGUGCCGGGUAACAACGCUGUGGUGUCCACCCUGCAGGAUCAACUCAACAAGGGCUGUGAAAUUAACACUGCAGAGGAGCGGUGGCAGGACCUGAAUGUCGUGAGCAGCCUGCUGAAAUCCUUCUUCCGCAAGCUCUCGGAGCCCCUCUUUACAGAUGACAAGUACAAUGACUUCAUCGAUGCCAAUCGUAUGGACAAUCCAAGUGACAGGUUGAAGACCUUAAAGAAACUGAUCCAUGAUUUGCCAGAUCAUUACUUCCACACUCUGAAGUUUCUAAUCGGUCAUCUAAAGACUGUUGCCAAUCACUCAGAGAAGAAUAAGAUGGAGCCCCGUAACUUAGCGCUAGUGUUUGGUCCCACUCUUGUGAGAACAUCCGAGGACAACAUGACAGACAUGGUCACCCACAUGCCUGACCGCUACAAGAUCGUAGAGACUCUCAUCCAACAUUAUGCCUGGUUUUUCAGUGAGGAACAUGACAAAGAUGAAAAGACGCCGGUGGACACAGAGGAUGUUCAACCCGCCCCCAACAUAGAUCAUCUCUUAUCGAACAUCGGCCGGGCUGGCCUCCUGGGCGAGAUCUCAGACUCAACCAACAGUGAUUCAGCAAAAUCAAAGGGCUCUGGAGGGUCAAAACGUGACCUCACAGCCAAGGACUUCUUGACGACGUUGGCCAUCAUGUCUGCUGUGACCCGAAGACGCAGAAAACGACCUGUCAAUCGCCUCCUGGGCAGCAGCACUGACGACGACUCGGAACUGGAGCCAAUCAGAGCCGAUCUCACUGUGGAAGUAGAGUGCGGGGCAAAGGACACUGAUCGGGGUGAAUGUGACGUGGCUCCGCGCGCAGAGGCAGAAGAGGAUGAAGAUGAGGAAGAGGAAGAAGAUGACGAAGAGAACGUAGAAAGGACUGUCUUGCAAAACAAGGACAAACCUGAAUCGCCUUGCGAGGAGGAAGCGCACUCGGUGAUUCUUAGCGAGGAAGAGGACCAGAGGUCAGAGACGAAAGGUCGCAGUUGGAGAGGGGACGAUGCACGGUCCAUUGUCUCGGGUUACUCUACACUCUCCACGCUGGGGCGGAGUUUAGCGUCCGAAGGGCGGGGUGACGACGCCGACGAUGAGCAGAGCGAGCUGGUGAGCGAAACGGACAACGAAAGUGGCUUUGCCUCACGCUCCCUCACGCAGGAACGUCCUGAAAAACGCACUCCCCCUCCAUCAAAUACGCACACCUCACCUGAACCGACUGCACCACGCAGCUUCCUGUACACACACAACAAAGCCCCUGCACCAACUCCUUCUCUUGCUCCCACUGCCGGUCCAGUUCCUCCUCUCGUUCCUCUGAAACGCCCCACCCCCGAGCCUUCAGAAAGAGGAACUGAAAGUGCAGGACGCUCCUCCACCCCCUCCACCUCCUCCUCCAUUGCCUCCCAACGCCUGCAAAACCGACCCUCCUUCAACUCCCAUCGCCUCAUUCAGUGCGACACUUUAGCACGCCGGCGCUCAAAAUUGGAAAAGGCCAAAGCUCGUUCACUGGAUCCUUUAGAAGUCUGUAGUGCUCCACCUACCGAGGAGGAACAACAGUCCAACAAAGGCCGAACGAGAACCAGUCUUCCGGAAUCCUCAUCUUCUCACUCACCCAAACUGACCUCGUCCAGUGGUCACCUGUUAGCUCCACCCCCUGAACUGGGAGUCUCCACCUCCGGCUCCACAAGUCAGCCAUCACUGGCAGAGCAGGUGCGUGCACGUCUGCUCGGUUCAGCAGAGGACAUCCGUUCAGUGGGGUUGAGGAAACCUCUCUCUCCAGAGACACGGCGGAAGAGGCGGGCCUGGAGGAGACACACAGUGGUGGUCUCACCUUCUGACUCCUCCCAUAAAAGCGUUCAAAUCUCCUCUUCCGUUAACAACAACAACAAGCCCCCGGCCCCACCCCCCAAACCUUUCGUCUUAAUCCGACGUCCCGGGGAUAAACCCAACCCUGUUCCCCAGCACUCCGCCCCUGAUGACUCUUCACCACUCCAGGCCCCGCCUACCUCCUCCCAGUUUCACGAAUGCUUGUAACAGCAUUUGAAUUAGAGUAAUUGGAUUCUAUAGGAUGCGGUGUGGAUUUUUCACACUUAUACCCCAUUUUCCAUUAACACGGUGCUUCUUUUGAACCUUUUUAUUAAUAACCAACCAAUUUCCACUGGUGUAAAUUUAUACAUUUUAUCUCGUUUAGAGCACAGG